AUGAUUAAAGAUAGAUGGACGGUGUUUAGAUCGUAUAGGCAAAUUCAAUUUAGUGUCGAUGAGCUUUUGAAUAGUGAACUGCCGUUUCGCGAUGAGCUCGAGAUGAAAGUCAAAGAGGAUCGAUUAAAAUGGAUUGAAUUGAGUCACAAUAGUACAGAUAAAUUUCAAAUGCUCAUCUAUAGUGAGGAAAGCGAUGGUACAUUAAUAUUCUGUAAAAAUUUUGACAGCAUGGACCAAUUUUUACUUGAAUGGAUUCGACGGGCUAAGAAUGUGCUAAUAUUCCCGGUAAAGCUAAAAGUAAACAUUGAUGACUUAUUUAUACUAUUCGGGAAGAUGCGUAAUUUGAUGUUCGUUUUACAAUUUGAUGAUCUAGUAGAUAAGAAUCUGAAGGAGAUGACUAUAACUGUGGAUCAUGAUGAGCAGAGUGAUAUACUUGCGCGGGUUUAUUCAGAGUUUGGAUUUCGCAAGGCGCUCUUCGCCAAGUAUUUGUCUGUUGCUACAUUCACUGGUGGGAGUGGCAACCAGCAUUCAGUUGAUUUAGUAAGAAAUGAAUUUUCAUCUAAUCAUGAAUGGGAAUUAUUUGAAAUGAUUGUACAAGAUCAGCUGCUAAGGAAAUAA